AUGAGCUCGUCGCACCCGGCCAUGGGAACGGAUAUAAUAAUUACGCCCUCGUCGUGCCAUUACGCGGGCAAUGUCCGACGUGGCGAGAACGGCAGCAGCAUCCCCAAGGCACAGAAUCUCACAGAACGCCUGAGGAGACUUGAGGCCCUCGUCUCUUCAUUGGCGACCAAGGACCUCAUCAUUCAGCAGCGGGAGCGGACCGACGGACACAGGUUCCCACCUGAGGAACCAAAGCACACUGAUACCUCCCUCGGAACCGGUCCAAAUGACGGCAGUCAGGAGUGCCAGAGCAGAAGAAGAAGCUUGAAAGAGCUAGAGCUGGAAGCGGCCCGGCUGCGGCAGACGCACGAUGGCCAAGUCAACUACGUCGACCCAAGUCACUGGCUGUCGAUCCUCCUCGAUAUCCGCGAAGUUCGGAAGCAGCUCUCGCCAGAAGGGGCCUUCCUGCCGCCGCAAGGUCUCCCCAAGAGUGAUGGAGACGGGACUGUUUGCGAACCUGGCUCGGGAAAUCCCGACGCCAGCUCCGGGUUGAGCAUGGGGUUGGGUGCCACGAGCCUCAACGAGAUACUCGGGUCCCUGCCGCCCCGGCCCGCCUGCGACAGGUUGCUGUCUCAGUACUUCAACUCUCGAUUCAUGGUCUUGGGCAUCAUUCACCCCGCGACGGCCGACAUCACUGCCUUUGAGGGCGAGAUCCGGCGUCGCGUGUGGAUCAACCUCUUCCAGCUGGGCGCCUUGGUGUCCUUCCAGAUGGGGUUCCCCAGCAUGAUACCCUCCGAGCACUGCGACGCCCAGCCGCCGCGCAACCUCGACUAUUCCGACUUUGGCGCCGACACGGCGACGCUGACCCCCUCGCGACCCCUCUCGGUCGACACCCCCGUCGUCUACCCAUCGCCAAGGCUGGCGUCAUGGCCGUCUUCAAAAAGAUUGUGGCUCACACCCGCUCGCCCGCGCGGCCGACCCUCGACCGCACCGCCGCGCUCGACGUCGAGGCAGGUCUGGGCGGAGGCGGCGACCAGCGCAGACGCUGGCGCCGGCAUGGGCAUGCUCUCUUCCUCCGAGGCGCACACCGCCACCUUCGCGCUGGACCUGAUGCUCCGCAAGGUGUCGGAGAAGAAAGCGGAAGCGCUGUUGUCGGGGACCACGGCGGCCAUGACGACAACGACGACGCCAAACCACGCCGCUCCUGCGCCUCCGUUGACGGCCGACAUGUCGUCUUCGUCUCCGCCUUCUCUCUUCGGAGCAGAACUCCCCUGCGCCGAUGUCAUGUCAGACAUCAUUGACGACGCUACGGCGCCAGACUGGAACCUCCUCGACCAAUACUUUCAGAACCCUACGCUCGAAACGGCCGAGUCUGCCGACUGGAAUCAAGACCCAGCCUUCCCUUCAUAUAUCUUUGGCCUAGAGUGA